AAAACUGCUUGAGUAACCAGUGCACAAAUCUUUCAUUUGAUUCAUUUAGCAAGUAUUUGUUGAGUGUCCAUUAUGUGCUGGUGCUGUUCUAACCUCAGAGGAUAAAGAAGUUGAAAACAAGACGUGUUUCUUUCAGUCAGGAGGUGGGUAUUCUCACCGCUAAGAGUUUGUUAGAAAGCUCUGGACAAUCCCUGAUCCAUAACUCAAUACAUGUGUGUUCAUGCUGGUCUGGCUUUGAACAAGAUAACUUUUCUUGAUUAUCUAUCUGACUGAAACAUACAGUUUUCCUACUAAUAAGAGCCAAAUUUUUACCUUUCUAAAAAUAUAUCAUCUCCAAUUUUGUCCAGUGCUACAGAAACUCAAAAUUGUGCUAUGUUUAUCCAAAAGAGAUGAAAACACAUACACAUAAAAAACCCCUUUGUACCAGAAUGUUCAUGGCAGCUUUAUUCAUAAUGCCAAAAAUAGGACCAUCCCAGCUUCCCACCAAUAGGAGAAUGGAUAAACAAAUCAUGGUAUAUUCAGACGUUCGAUUCCUACUCAGCAAUACCAAGGAAUGAACAACUGAUCACACAAUAACAUGGAUGAAUCUCAAAAACAUGAUUUGGAGUGAAAGAAGCCUGAUUCCAGAGUAAAUAUCAUGUGAUUCCAUUUUUAGGAAGUUCUAGAAUAGGCGCAACUGAGCCACGGUGGAAAAGGCAAGGCUAUGGGUGGGGGCAGGAAAGGAGAAGAAGGGGCACGAAGGCAUCUAUGGGGUGACGAUGAGUCUCCAAGUCUUGAUGGGGCAUGGGUUACGCAGGUGUGGCUCAUCAAACAGUACACUUGCGAUCUGUAAAUUUCAUCAGAUGCAAAUUUUACCUCAAAAGAAAAAAAUAGAACCAUAAGCAAAUAUUGAGCUCUAACUAUUAACGUCCAUGCUGUAGCAUUAGGGGGAAGUGUACUGAUGUCUGCAAGUUCCUUUGCAAUAAAUGAAAAAAGGAAGACGAACUGAUGGAUAGAUGGAGUGGGAAGAGGGACAGAACAAUAUGGAGUAAAGCAAAUUUAGUGAAAAUAUAAAUUGUAAAAUCUGCAUGGUGGGUAUUAGGUUCUCCCUAAAAUUUCUCAAUUUUUGGAGCACCUGGGUAGCUCUGUCGCUGAAGCAUCUGCCUUUGGCUCAGGUCAUGAUCUCAGGGUCUCAGGAUCGAGCCCUGCGUGGGGCUCCCUGCUCCGGAGGUGCCCGGAGGUGGAGGCCCUAGCGGAGACUCAGCAGGAACCCAGAAGGAAAGGCCCAACUCUGACUUCAGCCCAGUGACGUUCAUCUUGGACAUCUGACCUCCAGACUAAUGCCCACCCCACGACCAUCAGAUUAAGAUAAUAAGCGUGUGUUGUUGUAAGCCCUCAAAGCUGUGGCAAUUUGUUCUAGCAGGUAGGGUUAGCUUUUAACAACGUAAACCAGGGCACAUUGAUCCCCUGUUGAAAACCCUCCAAUGCCUUCCCAUCACAUCCAGAAUAAAAUCCAAACUCUUUACAGCCUGGUUCCUACCCCCAUCUUUCUCCUUGACCCCUACUUCUCUCCCUAACCCUGUUUAGUCUGUCUCACUUCCUUGACCAAACCCCAGCUCACUUCUACCACAGGGCCUUUGCACUUGCCACUUCCUCUGAUCAGAACGCUCUCCCUGCAGUGUUUUGUAAGGUUGGCUCCUUUUCCUGUUCUGAAAUGACACUGCCCCAAAACAGUGUUCCCUAAACACACUCUCCGAGAUAAUACUGCUCCAGUUUCUCACCUUUCUUUUUUUUAAGCUUUCUUCAUAUCUUCAUAACACAACUUCCUGAAAUUAUAUCCGUGCAUAUUUUAAUUUGUCUCUUGGUUGCCUCCAGAGUAGGAUGUAAGGUCCGAGGGGGCAGGAUGUUUGUUCCCUGCAGUAUCUCUAGUGCCUGGGCCACGCACACAGACCGUCCUGGUACCUACACGCGAAAGAACAAAUGUACAGACUCUCCCUUCCCACACUGAUCCCACACUGUUGUCCUAUCAACGACCCUCCCACUGAUGCAUCGGUUUCCAUGCCUGCUUCCUGGCACAGUUGGGAAUAAAUCAGCUAAAAGUUCCCAAACCGGUCACAAACUAAGUGAAAACGGACCUCUGUUCUAAAGUAUCUCCCCUACAGCACCGGCUGGAGUUUUGUUUUGUUUUCUAAAUUAUCUUUGGAGAUUCAAAUGCCUCACCUUAUCCUCAUCAAGCCCUUUCACACGGUUAGAGCCAUCCAAAUGGGGGGUGUCUUGUGGAGGCCUGCUGGGAACAGGACUCCUAAAACGACGAUUAUGUCUGGAAGGCUUUGGUCCAAGGCCAUUCUUGCCAGCUGUAAACGGAGUCUCCGGAAUCAAAAGGAGCUCACAGCUCUACUUAAGAUCGAAGGGAUCGAAGGUGUUUAUGCUCGAGAUGAAACUGAAUUCUAUCUCGGCAAGCGAUGUGCUUGUGUGUACAAAGCAAAGAACAACACAGAAACUCCUGGUGGCAAACCAAGCAAAACCAGAGUGAUCUGGGGAAAAGUAACUCGUGCUCAUGGAAACAGUGGCGUGGUUCGUGCCAAAUUCCGAAGUGACCUCCCUGCGAAAGCCAUUGGCCACAGAAUCCGUGUGAUGCUGUACCCCUCAAGGAUUUAAACUUAGUGAAAAGCAAAUAAAUAAAAGUGUACAUUUGUUCUCUCUCCUUUUUUUAAAGAUUUUAUUUAUUUAUUCAUGAGAGACACACACAGAG